AUGGCGGCUUCUAGCAGUCGCAGUGAUGUCAUCAAAGAGCUGCUGGUGAGGCUGGUUUCCUUCGCUGGAGUUUCUUGCAGUGGAUUGUCCGUGUCCAUCGUCUCUAUCGAGAGCCUGAUGGCCGGGUCCCUCACGUUCCUCUACGUCACCAAACUCCAUCAAAAGUUCUCCUGGCCCACCAUGGUGGUUUCGUUUCUCACUUUUAUUUGUUACGUGGCUUCCACCGCUGUGGCUCUGAUGACCGUUCCACUCAUAGAAUUCCACUGGGCUCGCUUUACUUUCUUCGCGUAUUCCACUAAACUAAAUGAGCAGAUGAAAGGACUUCUAUGGCCUCUGCUGGUCCUCGGCUUCAUCGCCACAAUAUUUUUUGCCUUUGAUUUCUACCUGAUCUUCAACGACUUGACCAAGUUCCUUGAGAAAGAAGAGCCCACAGGAGAGACGGAGGCGCAGAAAUCAGACGAUGAAGAAUUUGAUUCAGACUCGGAUUAAACGUGAACUUUACUGCACCUUUACUGCAACCAUCGGGAGGGAGCUUUGGGUCGUUCCAAGCGUUUGAACUUCAUCUCAGGCUGAAGAAAACCGGAUUCCGCUGCAAUAGUUGGAUGUGGAAGAUACUGAAAUUCUCUGGACCCCCGCUGGACGUGACUGCUACGUCCCACACACUGCAGCGGUAACCUGGGGAUGGGACCAAAUAUUUAACCGUCACAAUAUUCUGGAAUUACUGCCUUAAUAGUAUUUUUGUCUUUAAAGCCAUAAUGUGCAAAGUCUGGGUCAGUGACCUGCUUGACAGAGGGGGGGGGGGGUCAUUUGCACUGAUUAUCUAUAUCUGAAAAACAACCAAGGUUCCUAAAACCUUGAGCUCCCCCAAUUCUGGAUGAGGAUUCUGGGAGUUUUAGAUAAAGGUUGUAGACAAUAUAGCAGUCCCAGGAUAAUUAAAUCCGCGAUGUCUGCUGGCCGUACGGGGUUUAUUCCCUAUGCAGAAUCUAUUGGGGGAUCUGGCUAUAGAAACCCUGCACCAGGUAUUAUGUAAAGUUGGCGACAUGUUUUAAGUGACCUGCGUAAGGAAGCUCUGACUUCAUGAUGCAGAAUGAAUGCAGCUCCUCCAAAUGCUCAGCACCGCUAGAAACAUGAGAUCUUUUCUCAUACCUGAUAGUUACGGCUCAGAGAAUAAAAGCCGUUCUCUUCUGUCUACCAUAAGAUGAAGCACUUAAAGUCGCUUAGUUCACACUAAACGUAGCAAGUAUGAGUGUUCCCUUUAAAAGAUAAUGCGUGUUAAACAGACACAUGGCAGGAGUAGCACUUUAUGGGGUUUGAGGGUCAUUCUCUACACCAGGCAUUUACGACCAUUUCUGCUUAUCGACAUAUUAUACAGGAUCCGCUCAGUAGGGUUGGCCCUGCACC